AUGUACAUCACCCUCUACUACAUAGUCACCCGGCUCCCUGACUCCCUUCGUCCAGUUAGGGACCACUUCCUCUCUGUUUGCCCCACCACACUCACCGUUGACCUUCUCGAGGAGCGCCUCCUAGCAGCUGAGAAGAGUAUAGUCGCCGUAGGAGCCUCUCGUGGUGACCCUUGUGCCACCUUCUUUGACGGGUGCUCCACCUCCCCCCUUCUGCCCUCUGUUGCCUCUGCUGCUGCCGUCAACUUCGUUGGAACCGAGUCGGUCGGCACUGCGUCUACUCCUAGCGGGAGAUGCCGCAUCGGCAAGGGCAAGGGGGGCAAGGACGCUGGAGGGGCUGACGGGGGUGGUGGAGGUGGCGGUGGAGGUGGCGGAGGGAGUGGGGGUGGCGGCGGGAGUGGUGGCGGGGGUGGGGGCUUCGGUGGCGGCGGUGGAGGCGGAGGCGGCGGCGGCGAUGGCGGUGGGAGCGGAGGAGGUAGCGGUGGCGGCGGUGGCGGAGGUGGCGGCGGUGGAGGUGGAGCUGGUCGGGGUGGCUCUACGCAGCGGGGCGGCUUCGGUGGUGGUCAGCGCCAGCAGCAGCGGCGCACUCGUGAGACCCCGCCCCCCCAACAGCUUCGUGAGUGGUACGCUGCACGUCAGCGGGGCAGGGGUGCUGGUCCUUGUGCCUACGUCCUGCGUACCGGCGACCGCACUGGUGAGCCGUGCGGUGGCCCGCACACCACCCAACGCUGCUUCGGCCGCCUGACGGACGCUUGGCGUCUCCAGUUCCCUGACGCCACGAAGAUCCCUCGCUGGGGCGAGCUGCUUAGGUCGGGGGUUGCUAUCUUUGAUCUGGAUUAUGAUGCUAUUCUUGCUGCCAUGUAUACUGUGCCUACUAGUGAUGAGGGUGACUGUUACCUGUGUGUUCCGCCUGACCCGGGCAUUGAGGCUGCUGCUCUAGGUGCUGGUGAGGCUGCUGCUCUAGGUGCUAGUGCGUCUGUUGCCCCAGGUGCUGGUGAGGCUGCUGCUCUAGGUGCCAGUGCGUCUGCUGCCCCAGGUGCUGCUGAUCUACAGGAUGGGGGGGUUGACCAGUUCACUCCUACGAGUCAGCGAGUGACCCACUGUACGUGUGCUCGGACGGGCCGCCACUUGGCCACGUUUACCCGUCAGCCGGGGUCGAGCCUGUACACACUCACCAGUGGGUCUUCUCAAUUUGCUGACCCUGGUUCGGUAGCUGCGUCGGGUCAGGUGUUUACUGCAGCGUCCAGGUCUGGUCCUGAGUUUGCUCCCUGCUCCUGUCGUCUCCUGACCCACAAGACUCUCCUCUGGCACCACCGCCUUGGUCACCCCUCCUUGCCUCGUCUCCGAGGCAUGGCCUCCUGGUACCUUGUCUCUGGUCUCCUCCGGUCCCUCCCUCCCCUUCCUCCGGGGCCUGCCCCUACCUGCGUUCCCUGCGUCGAGGGGCGGCAGCGCGCCGCUCCUCACUCCUCUGGGUUUCCUCCGACAGAGGCUCCGCUGCAGACUCUUCACAUGGACAUGUGGGGCCUCGCCCGCGUCCAUGGCCAGGGUCACGAGCGUUACUUCCUCUUGGUGGUUGACGACUACUCGCGUUACACCACGACGUACACGCUUCCGGACUCUCCACAGCAAAAUGGGAUUGCUGAGCGCCGCAUUGGCAUGGUCAUGGACGUCGCUCGUACGUCCAUGAUCCAUGCGGCUGCUUCCCAUUUUCUGUGGCCGUUCGCGGUUCAGUACAAGGCGCAUCAGAUCAACCUUCAGCCCCGAUUCUCCUUGCCGGAGACCUUGCGGUGGACGGGGAAGGUUGGCGAUGCGUCUGCGUUUCGUGUCUGGGGAUCUCGGGCGUUUGUCCGCGACUUGUCUGCGGACAAGCUGUCCCCCCGUGCUGUUCCGUGCGUCUUUCUUGGCUUCCCCCCUGACGCGCCUGGUUGGCAGUUUUACCACCCCACCUCGCGCCGUGUGUCCGAGGUAGACGCAGUCGAGCCUGUCAAGGUAGCUGUUGACUCUGGUGCUGCUCGAGGUGCUGAGCCUGUGGGUGCUGAGUCUGGGGGUGCUGAGUCUGGGGGUGCUGGGCCUGGGGGUGCUGAGCCUGGGGGUGCGGAGCCUGGGGGUGCGGAGCCUUGGGGUGCUGAGCCUGGGGGUGCGGAGCCUAGGGGUGCUGAGCCUAGGGGCGCUAGAGUCGUGCUGCUGGAGCUGGAGGUGCUGCUGUUGCUGCUGACCCUGCGGUCGGCGCUGGAGGUGCUGGAGCCACUGGUCCUGGAGGUGCUCGUACUGGCGGUACUUGAGCUGCUGGGACCGGGGGUGCUGCUGGGGCUACUGGAGUUGGUCCUGCUGAUGGUACUGCUAGGGGUACUGGAGCUACUGGGGGUGCUGGUGCUGGAGGUACUGCUGGGGCUGGUGCUUCUGAGGGUGCUGGAGUUGGCGCUGCUGGAGCUGGAGGUGCUGCUAGCGCUGGUGCUCCCGCUGGGGGUCCUGGUGCUGUACCUGCUGUUUCAGGAGGCGCUGCGCGGCCACGGCCAGCUUGCCUCCCCACUGCCAACUCCUUCUCCCUACGCUGGUCCUACUGGAGGUCUUGCUGAGCGUCGUGCGCUUGCGUCUCGUCCUGCGUCGCCUGUUCGUGCUGUUCGCACUAGUCGUCGUGUUCCGCGUCAUCAUCCUCCUGCGGUCCCGGGCACGCACCAGAUGGCACUGCGACCUUCCACUACUCCGCAGCGUGUCCCUUUGCCGUCUCCUCCACAGACCUCUCUUCCUGCUCUUGCUGACCCGGAGUCUGACUCUCUUCGUGCUGCCAGUCCGACUGUCACGCGUCUCCUAGCUACUGAUGUCACUGACCCUUCCUUUGAGUCCACUACUUCGUCUGCCUUAGUUGCUGAGAUGGUCGACUUCACUGCUCGCUGUCGUCUAGACUACGCUGCGAGUCUUGUUGUUGAGUCUGCGUCUGUUUGUCCUCCGUCCGUCGGGGGGUCCUACUCCUCUCAGCAGCAGUCAGCCAUGGACGCAGAGAUGGCUUCCUGGAAGUCCACAGGCACCUACGUCGACGAGGUUCCCCCACCUGGGGCGAACAUCGUGAGUGGCAUGUGGAUUUUCAGGGUGAAGCGGCCGCCGGGUUCUCCACCUGUCUUCAAGGCGUGUUAUGUGGCUCGAGGCUUCAGUCAGCGGCAGGGAGUUGACUACUUUCAGACCUUCUCUCCCACCCCGAAGAUGACCACUCUUGGGGUGCUGCUGCACAUAGCCGCUCAGCGCGACUACGAGCUUCACUCUCUUGACUUCAGCACUGCUUUGUUGCAGGGCAGCCUGCACGAGGAGAUCUGGCUGCGCCGCCCACCUGGCUUCACUGGGUUGUUUCCUCUUGGUACCCAGUGGAGCCUCCGGCGGCCAGUCUACGGUCUCCGCCAGGUGCCCCGUGAGUGGCACGACACACUGAGGACUACACUUGCGGCUCUUGGGUUUGCUCCUUCCACUGCCGACCCAUCGCUGUUUCUGCACAUCGACACCUCUUUGCCGCCGUUCUACAUCCUCGUGUACGUCGACGACUUGGUCUUUGCCACUGCUGACACUGCUGGACUCGCCCACGUGAAGUCGGAGCUGCAGAAGAGACACACGUGCACAGACCCGGGUGAACUGACAAGCUAUCUUGGCUUGUGGAUCAUCGGGACAGAGCACAGCGCACCAUCACCUUGA